AUGGCGCUCGAUCAGUACACCUACGUCUUUGCCAUUGGCACCUUUUUUGCCAUGCUUGACGCAUACAACAACGGUGCUAACGAUGUUGCAAACGCUUGGGCGACCAGUGUUUCGUCGCGAUCCAUUACCUACAGACAGGCCAUGAUCUUCGGCACCAUCUUCGAGAUGCUCGGAGCCAUCACCGUCGGUGCUCGUACCGCCGAGACCAUCAAGAACGGCAUCAUCCCCAACUCCGCCUUCAACGACAAUGCCGGUGUCCAGAUGCUCGCCUUCACCUGCGCCCUCGCCGCUGCCUCUUCCUGGGUCAUGUGGUGCACGCGACACUCCGCCCACGUCUCCUCCACUUACUCUUUGAUUUCCGCCGUUGCUGGUGUCGGUGUUGCUACCGCGGGCGCCGACAAGGUCCAAUGGGGAUGGAACAACGGAAAGGGUCUCGGUGCCAUCUUCGCUGGUCUGGGCAUGGCUCCCGCCAUCUCGGGAUGCUUCGGUGCCAUCAUCUUCAUGCUCAUCAAGCUCGUGGUCCACGUCCGCAAGAACCCGGUCCCUUGGGCUGUCUACACCUCGCCCUUCUUCUUCCUCAUCGCCGGUACCGUCUGCACGCUUUCCAUCGUCUACAAGGGAUCUCCCAACCUGGGCUUGAACAAGAAGCCCUCUUGGUACGUUGCCGCCGUCACAAUGGGAACCGGCGGUGGUCUUGCUGUCAUGGCCGCCCUCUUCUUCGUCCCCUUCGUCCAUGCCAAGGUUAUCAAGAAGGACUACACCAUCAAGUGGUACCACUUCAUUCAGGGCCCCCUCCUGUUCAAGCGCCCCGCUCCCGCCGACGCUGAGAAGGCCAAGGUUCCCAACUACGCCGUCGUCCAGGAGGACGAGGACGAGCAGCUUCCCCGCCACACCGAGUCUUCCCAGGCCUCCGAGUCUGGCGACGAGCCUCUCAAGGAGAGCAAGGAGACCUCCGUCCCCCACGAGAAGUCUUUGGCCGCCGCCGAGAUUGGUCAGGGACCUUCCUACAAGCAAUUGCAGGCUGAAGGUGAGGCCAAGCUGCACGCAAAGCUCCUCAAGAAGCGUGGUCCUCUCGGCUGGGCCAUGCGCCUCCUCCGCGACAACCCUAUGGGCCCCGGCCAGAUCUACGAGUUCCACAACAUGAAGAUUAUGCUCAAGCGCAUUCCCGCCAUGAUCACUGUCGGUGCUCUCUACGGUCUCCACUACGACAUCCACGCUGCCCAGACUGGUAUUGCUGGUACUCCCGAGGGUGAGCGCAUGAAGCGUGUCUACGGCGCCGCCAAGAAGUACCCCAACGAGGUCGAGCACACCUACUCUUUCGUCCAGAUCAUCACUGCCUGCACUGCCUCUUUCGCUCACGGUGCCAACGAUAUCGGUAACUCCGUCGGUCCCUGGGCUGUCAUCUACUCUGCCUGGAGCACUGGUAACGCUGCUGCCGCCAAGGCUCCCGUCCCCGUAUGGCAGCUUGCUGUCCUCUCUGCCACUAUCUCUCUCGGUCUCAUCACCUACGGUUACAACAUCAUGAAGGUCAUGGGCAACAAGAUUACCUACCACUCCCCCAGUCGUGGCAGCUCCAUGGAGAUGGGUGCCGCCAUCACCGUCCUCGUCUUCUCCCAGUUUUCCCUGCCUGUCUCCACCUCUAUGUGCAUUACUGGAGCUACCGUCGGUGUUGGUCUUUGCAACGGCACCCUCAAGGCCGUCAACUUCCAGCGUGUCGGUCUCUUGGUCUUCUCCUGGAUCAUGACCAUCCCCGUUGCUGGUACCCUUGGUGGUGUCCUCAUGGGUCUUUUCCUCAACGCUCCUCACUUCUAA